AUGAUGAAAUUAUUGUUAAUUGAGCUUUUAUCCUUUGCUACAGUGGUUAUGUGUGCAUACGGCGGACGCUCUUAUUCUCCGACAAUGUGUUAUCAAGUACAACAAGAACAGAAAGCACUUGCUGAAAUGUUCAAAGAGCACAAUGAAAAGGCGAUGAAUGCGGUUAUCUCGCCGUAUAAAAUUUUUUUGCAGAAGAUAGACACGAUCAUGACUGAUUUAAAACGAAGACAUGAAUCUAUGGAACAACAUCAGAGAAUCAUAGAUAUACAUCGUCAGAUGAUGAAUUCUGUAUCUCAAUCGCAUGCGCGAUUGAGAUACAAUUACGUUUAUUUCAUGGUUGAUGCUUUGCUUCCUGUAUUAGCACAUCUUGAAAGAUCGGAACAUUACGUUAGCGUGGCUAGAGAUUUGAAAGAAGCAAUCCAAGAGUUGCAAGUAAAAGUGGAUGAUUUAGGUCAUGAGUGCCAGAAAGUAGGUGUGAGCUAUAAUCCAAGACUAUAUAAAGAGUUUGUUGAUACGAUUGCAGUUCCAGAUAUAGGUAAAUAUUCCAUUAAGGUAUGGGAGCGGUAUUUUGAUGAGCAAUACAGGUGCUUCGUGCAGAAUAUAGUACAAUCGUCUGAAGAAACGUUGAAUAAUGUGGAAGCUUUCAACAUGUAUGCCAACCUAGCGUUAAUGGUAAGAUAUAAAGUAUAUUUGAAAUAUAUUGAACAGCUAAAUGAGGAGGUCAAAAAGGAAUGUAGCGCUGAGGUAUUAGGUAAAAAGUACAGCUGGUUUGAAAUAUCAGGAAGUGAUUUGAGUGUAGUCGUUGAACGGGCUAACAAACCAAGUAGUGAUUGGACCAAGAAAUACGAGGCUCUAUGUGCAGAAGCAUACAGGAUGGUUUGUUCGCGUUUGGAACUGGAAAAUGAGCCUACCAGUGGAUUAAUUAGGUAUGCGAAGGUUUGCAAUUACGCAUGUUAUCUAGGUGCUAAUGCAUCUAUGCCACUUUGGGAUGCUUGUUUGGAAAUUUUCAGUGAGCAUACUAUGCAAUCUACUCCGCUGAGCGAAAUCUAUGAAUCGUACCAAGAAUAUAUUGAGAUGGCACAGGAUGUCGCGAAUAAAAAUGAAGAGAGAAAGAUGGCAAGUGUGAAAUAUCAAAUAUCAAGACUAUAUCAAGAAGAACUGCGAGAUUCACGCCAUAGAUAUACUCAGCUCGAAGGUCGUAAUGAGCUUUUGACUGAGGAAUUGAAUAAGGCAAGGUUUGAUCUGUCUCGUUCCGCAAAACAACAACAAGCUAUGGAAGAACAGUUGAAUAAGGCAAGGUUUGAUCUGUCUCGUUCCGCAAAACAACAACAAGCUAUGGAAGAACAGUUGAGAAAGACAAUGAUUGAAUUGUCUCGUUCCGCAGAACAACGACAAGUUAUGGAAGAGGAGUUGAAUAAGGCAAGGCUUGAAAUGUCUCGUUCCGCACAACAACAACGACAAGCUACGAAAGAAGAGUUGGAUCAGGCAAGGCUUGAUCUGUCUCGUUCCGCACAACAACAACGACAAGCUACGAAAGAAGAGUUGGAUCAGGCAAGGCUUGAUCUGUCUCGUUCCGCACAACAACAACGACAAGCUGCGAAAGAAGAGUUGGAUCAGGCAAGGCUUGAAAUGUCUCGUUCCGCACAACAACAACGACAAGCUAUGCAAGAAGAGUCAGAUAGGGUAAUGUCGCAGUAUGCUGAGGCCGGAGAGCAACGCACAGAGGCAGCUAAGCAAUUAGAUGAUUUCCUAAAACGAGAACAAGGAGUGCCAACGAGAUCUCCUCAGCAAUUCAAUCCACGAAUUCUACAUUCAUCGGACAAUGAUUCUUAAUUAAAUCGACUUACCACA